AUGGAUUCCUACACAGUCGCACCGCAGGUGCAAAACCAACCUUUCGCAUACUAUCCCGACACACAACAACAGCAGGGCCACUACACCAGCCAACCCUCUGAGGUUCCCUACUACGGCCAGAUGCAUUACCACGGCGAGCAGCCCAUCUAUCAGGCUCAGUCCAUGAUGAACAUGCACCAGAUGGCCACCACCAACGCCUUCCGCGGUGCCACCAUGAGCAUGACUCCCAUUGCCUCGCCCCAGCCCUCGCAGAUGAAGCCGGCUAUCAUUGUGCAGCAGGGCUCUCCCGCUUUGAUGCCUUUGGAUACUCGCUUUAUUGGCACAGAUCUCUACGGAUUUCCUUCGACGCCGCCUCUGUCGUCCUCGGGCAGCACCAUCAGCAGCCCACCCUCGGCACACGGUACUCUGCACACUCCCAUCAAUGACGCCUUCUUUUCUUUUGAAAAGGUGGAGGGUGUCAAGGAAGGGUGCGAGACCGACGUCCACCAGGAAAUCCUGGCCAACCCGGACUGGGCGCGUUGCGACUCCCCGCCUAUGACACCAGUGUUCAUCCACCCGCCGUCUCUCACCGCCAGCCAGACUUCGGAUUUGCUCUCCGCCAACUCCUGCCCCUCGCUUUCCCCCUCCCCCUCUCCAGUUCCGACCGAGUUUCUCACCCAAUCGGGCUUGGAGCACAUCGGCCAAAGCUUCUGCGAUCCUCGUCAGCUCACGGUUGAGCCGUCGGCCAAUGUGCUCUCGCCUCAGGAUCUCCCUCCCCUGCCUACCCUCACAUGUGAUGAGGAGCAGCCUCGCGCUGUGGUGGGUAGUGCGUCUGUGACCCUGCCCGUCAACGAGAACCCCUCGCCUUCUUACACUGCUUCGUCCAGUGAGGACCCUUUGAGCUCUCUGCCUACCUUUGACAGCUUCUCAGACCUCGACUCUGACGAUGAGCUCAGCCACCUGGUGGAUUUCCACCCCGGCAGCAACGCGCUGUACGUGGGCGGUAAGCGCCAGCGUGUAGAACAGUACAUGGCUGAGGAUGAGGGUUUCCUAAGCGAGCAUAGCAUUGAGGACACCGAAGACCACGAGGUUUAUAUGCACAACGGUCUGCCCCCCUUCGAGUGGACUGAGUCCGCCCAGCCCCAAAUUGAGGCGGAGGAAGAUCUCUCCGAGGAGGAGACCCAGACCCAGACCAAGAAGCGCAGCAAUCGCAAGUCAACUCGCAAGACCGCCCACAUUGAUGAAGACCACCACCGCAAGUCUCUGUCCGUGCCUCACUCCCACGCGUCUGCCCAUUCCGACUGCAGCACCGACUCUGAGCCGGCUCCUGUGUCGGUCAACCGUCGGGGCCGCAAGCAGUCACUCACCGAGGACCCUUCCAAGACCUUCGUGUGUACUCUUUGCUCUCGCCGCUUCCGUCGCCAAGAGCACCUCAAGCGCCACUACCGCUCUCUUCACACUCAGGACAAGCCUUUCGAGUGCCAUGAGUGCGGCAAGAAGUUCUCUCGCAGUGACAACCUGGCUCAACACGCUCGCACCCACGGUGGUGGCUCGGUCGUCAUGGGCGUCCUGGAUCCCAGUGACAUGUCCUACGAUGACCAGCAUGAUGCCGGUACUAUAGGCGGUGUCAUGUACGAGUCCCAAUCCAGCUCUGAGGGCUCCGCCGACCGCCGGUCGGUGAAGAAGCGCAAGCGUGACCUUUAA